UUGAACUGGUUCACUUAUCCAGGUCCACUCGCCCGUGCGUGCACUAUUUGCGGUAUUCUGAUUCACAAAAAUCACCUUCCUCAGCAUGAAGCACUUCAUAAUGCAACUACUGAGUCAGGCUUACGAAUCAUCGAUACGCAGUCGCCUACAGGCGGUUUCUUUUGUGACCUGUGUGGAGUUGCUUUUCGGAAUAGAGAUAAUCUGUUCACCCAUUGGAGGUCCAGUUGCCCAGAAAUCAUGGCCAACCUCGAACCUGGCUCUGAGUUAUAUUUGAGCGACGUGGAGCUCAAAGCAAUGGUAUUGAAUUUGUUGUGGAGGUUGAAACGUGUGUCUCGUCAGUCGCCAUUGCGAUCCAUCCGCACCAAUAGAAACUAUGUGGAGGAGCUCCAUAAUUUGACGACUCAUCGCGACGAUCGUGAUCAAAGUGGUUGCAACUCUGGGAAUCAGCGAUGCAAAGAGACGAGUCCGUCAUCAGCUGAUCCGGAAGGA